UAUAUGUUUUCAGCACGUUAUUAUUAUUCCCUUUAUUCCUGUUUUCCAUUGAAACACUUCAGAUAUAUCCUCUCUAAUUUUACGCCUUUCCAGAGAGUAUAAAUUCAGUGUCCUCAGUCUAUCUCAGGAAAAUUUUGAUACAUGAGACCAAAUUCGUCAUCCUUCUCUAUAUGUUUUCUAGCAAAUUUAUGUCCAUUCUGUAAUGUGGAGAUCAUAACUGAGCAGCAUAAUGUAAAUAAGGCCUAACUAAAGCUAAAGUUGAAGUCUAACCAUGGGGCUUCUAUUGUUUAUACUUCUUGAUAUAAAGCUAGAAACCCAUUACAUACACUGCUCCACCACACCUCCCUUAUCCCACCACUUAUUAAUUCUGUUAUGGUCACAGAGUGAGGAGCAACAACUAGUGGUACUGAAGAGCAUACAGAGGGAGGCUUACUGGAUUGGUCUGACUGACCGACACAAAGAAGGCGACUGGCUACUCUCUGAUGGAAGCCGGCCUAGCUACUUUAAGUGGGACAAGGGACAGCCCAACAACUACAAGAAAUAUGACCAUGACCAAGAUUGUGUUAUGCUCUUCCAGGGAGCUUGGAACGAUAACCAGUGUAACCAGCAACUUUCCUUCAUUUGUCAAAUUCCCUUCCUCGAGCUCUGAGGUGACUUCAUCAUGCUAUCAGCUAAUAUUUUUCAGUAUGUGCUCACAAAUACGUAUUAGUUUUCGCUUGUACUUCGCUUUCACAGCUACACAUAAAAACGCGCAUUGUUUAAUCAUGAAUGUUUUGGAACAAAUUAAGAAGACUUUGUAAAGUAAAAGGACACAAGUGCAACUAAUGUGACAUUUAUUGUGGCAACGUUUCGCUCUCCAGGAGCUUGAUAAAGCUUGAUAAAG